AUGAACUCAGUUCACGACUCGACCAAAGAUUGGCAACAACAACCUGCUGCUUCGGAUGCUUCAAUGCACUAUCCACCCAUGGAUCACCAGCAUCAUGGCUACCCAAGCAUGGGUGCCCCUGUUCAUCCACCUCUCCAUCAACACCAUCCACACUAUGCAACGGCUACACACGGAUAUCAGCCCAAGCCUGAAACCGACAUGCGACUCCCUGGACGCCCGAGCCCCGCAAAGAAUGAGACCGCAUCACCUGUAACAAGAACGCUUCCCCCAUCAUCAUCUUCAACACCGCCACCGCCACCACCAUUAUCAGCACCUGGCAUGCCAUCCCCAAGCUAUCGUAAGCGUAGCCGAAGCGAUUCUUUAUUUCCACAAGAAACAGGUCCUUUUUUCAGCUCAGCAAAACCAUUCGAUAAUUUGUUUGCUUUGGACCGCACAAGUUUAUUGACUGUACGCAUCCAUUCCAAGAUGGAUCGUGGUUUCUUCCUUGCUGAUAAUGAUUGGACGUGUUAUCGUCGCAACUACUUUCAAGUUAGCAGUGCUUUCUCGAUCCAUGGUAUCAAUCAUUAUUAUGCUGAUCAUGAGCCACCAUGUCUUGUACGUAGCCAAGAUGGGUUAUUUUACCCUGUACGACGUUUCUUGUUGGGCAUUUCUGCACGCGUAUCCAACAGCGACAAGCGAAUCGAGUUGGUGCAACAUACACCCAAACGUGACAAGGGCCCACAAAUGACACCACAACCCAAGCCUAUCAUUCCUGGUGGCAAUCUUAGUAUGAGUGCAGUUGGCACCAAUCAAAACAUUGUCACUUUUGAGCGUAUUCAAUUCAAGACGGCAACAGCCAACAAUGGCAAGCGACGAGCAGCACAACAAUAUUACGUGUGUGUUGUUGAAUUGUAUGCUGAAACCGAUCAGGGCGAACAAAUCAAGGUUGCUUCAUGCCAAUCAGCUCCUUUGGUUGUACGUGGUCGUAGCCCUGGUCAUUACACUGAUAGCCAUCAAGAACGAGCUGCUGCUGCUGCUGCUAUUAGUGCACCAGCUCCAACAUCAGUUGCUUCAGCCAUGGCAUCUCCACAACAAGAUCGAUUCUUUUCAUCGCAGCGGGCUGCACCUUAUACACCACCACCAUCAACGGUCAUGGGUGAAUAUGGCCAUUAUCCUUAUUAUCCUCCACAUCCAUACAUGCCUACUAUGAUGAUGCCACCCACAUCUUCACCUGCUGCUCCUCCUCAAACAGCAACUUCGGCACCACCACCACCUCCCCCUCAGGCUAAUUAUCAUAAUCCUGGUCCUUACAUGGUUGCAGGCAUGCCCGUUUCUUCUCCUCAACCAUCACCACAUUAUCCAACUGCACCUGAAUUUGCAGCUCCACCACCACCACCACCACAUCAUCAUAAUCAUCAUCAUCAUCAACAGCAGCAGCAACAACAUCCUAUGGCUACACCUGAUGAGCACCCCAAGUUAUCACCCAAUGGAUACAACAUGGAACCUGAUUGGUCUCGAUCACGUAUCAAUUCCGCAGGUUCAAUGCCUCAAUCCUAUUUCUCGGCUCAAGGUACACCAACGCUAUCUUCAAAUGCAUCCCAAGCAAGCGCAUUCUCGCCAACUACUCCCACAACGCCUUAUGUUGCUACAAGCAGUGCUGCUGCUAAUGGAGGUGCUCGCAAGUACAAUGCCGUCAACAACAUUUGCAACCAACAAACUUCAUAG